AUGAGGGAACUAUUCAUCUACGCUAAGCCCAAAUAUGGUGGCGUCAUUAAAGAAACACCAAUUCCAAAGCCAGGGCCGAAGGAAGUGCUUAUCAAGGUCGUCUACGCCGGACUGAAUCCGAAAGAUUGGAAGGCUACACAACAUCUUACUGAACCAGAGGCAUUCAACACGGGAGACGAUGUAGCGGGUAUUGUCGAAGCCGUGGGCUCAGAGGUAUUCGAGUUCAAACCAGGUGAUCGUGUUGCCGGCUUUCAUCAGAUGCUCAGUCCUCACGGCACUUACGCCGAAUAUACCGUUGUUAGAGCUGCCACCACAUUCCACUUACCACCAAAUAUCUCCUUCGAAUCUGGUGCUUCGCUUCCUUUAGCCUUUAUGACAGCCGCUAUCGCAUUAUACCAGGGCCUGAGAGUACCUCUGCCAACAACCCUUCCCGAAGCAGACGGCGAAAAGGCGCCGAUACUAAUCUGGGGCGGUGCGACAGCCGUGGGAGCAUUUGCGCUCCAGCUCGCCAAGUUGAGUAACCUCGGCCCCAUAAUAACAGUCGCCGGUGAUGGAAUCGACUUUGUCAAGUCGCUCAAUGCUGCGGAUCACAUCAUCGACUAUCGGACAGGAGACGUUGCGCAGAAAAUCAUUGCCGCUGCAGGAUCAGCCAAGAUAAAGCUUGCCUUUGAUUCCGUAUCUGAUCUUCGCAGCUACGAGCCCAUCUCUAAAAUACUUGCCGCUUCUGGAGGUGGUGUUAUUAACAUGGUCGAUCCCAUAUACGAUCGAAACUGGAAAUUCCCAGACAGCGUCAAGCUCUCUAGCACCAUGGUUGGCUCUGCUCAUGGCGAUACAUGGGGUAGGGUCAGUGAUGAGCAAGCAAAAGUAGACUCAGAGUUUGCAUAUUGGUUCUAUCGAUACUUGAGCCAUUUAUUGGCAGAAGGGAGAAUCAAGCCUCACCCUGUCGAGGUGCUUCCAGACGGCCUGGCUGGUAUUGUUGCGGGAGUGCAGGCGCUCUAUGACCAAAAAGUGAGCGCGAAGAAGCUUGUGGCACGGAUUGGUGAAUAA